CUCUCUCUCUCUCUCUCUCUCUCUUCGCUCUUCACUUCUUGGAGAUCAAGCAGUGAAGAGGAGGAACAGAGCAGGAGAAGAGUAAGUAGCUCAUGAAGAUGGUGAAGCUUCUUGGGCUUGUUUUGUUGGCUCUGGUGAGAUUAGUUUUUGGUUCUGAGGAGUGGCAUGGGAAUGGGACUGAGGUUGAGUCUGAGUUGAAUGUGUGGACUGCUCCUAGGCCUCUGCGUGUGGGUCUCACUCUCAUUCCUUCUGCUGUUGCUCAAGGAGCUGUAUGUUUGGAUGGAACCCCACCUGCUUACCAUUUACAUCGUGGCCAUGGAACGGGAGCAAACAGUUGGCUUAUACAAUUAGAGGGUGGAGGCUGGUGUAAUGACAUUGCUACAUGUGUGCACCGUAAAAAUACUCAUCGUGGUUCAUCAAAUUAUAUGGAGAGAGUGAUAGAGUUCACUGGGAUAUUGAGCAACAAACCUGAAGAAAAUCCUGACUUCUACAACUGGAAUAGAGUCAAGAUUCGGUACUGUGACGGUGCAUCUUUCAGUGGUGAAAGCUAUAACAAGGCUGCAGGACUAUACUUUCGAGGGCAGCGCAUUUUUUCAGCUGCUAUGGAGGAACUUAUGUCCAAGGGAAUGCGUUAUGCCAGCCAUGCUCUUCUUUCUGGCUGUUCUGCCGGUGGUGUAGCAUCGAUAAUACAUUGUGAUGAGUUCCGAGGAUUAUUGCCAAGGAGAACUACAGUCAAAUGUCUUGCUGAUGCUGGCUUGUUUCUUGAUGUUGCUGAUGUGGCUGGUGGCCGUAGCCUAAGAUCCUUUUUCAAUGGCGUAGUGAAUCUGCAGGGAGUGGGGAGGAGCUUGCCUGCAGCUUGUACCAACCACAUGGAUGCCACUUCAUGCUUCUUUCCGCAGAACUUGCUGCCACAUAUUUAUACUCCAACCUUUGUUUUGAAUGCAGCAUAUGAUGUCUGGCAGCUCCAGGAAAGUUUAGCCCCCCGGAGAGCUGAUCCUCAAGGUUAUUGGCAACAGUGUAAGAUGAAUCACGUUAACUGCAAUGCUGGCCAAAUUCAUGUCUUGCAAGGGUUCAGGAACCAAAUGCUCAACGCAAUAAAGAUGUUCUCAUUGUCCAGGCAGAACGGGCUAUUUAUCAAUUCAUGUUUUGCUCAUUGUCAGUCAGAGAGGCAAGAUACAUGGUUUGGAAAUAAUUCUCCCCGUCUUGCUAAUAAGGGAAUUGCAAAAAUCUGUUGGUGACUGGUACUUUGACCGAUGUGGAGUUAAGGCGAUAGACUGUG